AUGAUCUGGGGCUCUUCGGCGGCUACACAGCCUAUUUCAACACGACAGCCAACUCUGGCUGCACGCCAACCCCCGGGGGCUCUCUUCAGCCCACCCCUCCAGCCUCAAACCUCUCCCCAACCCACUCUCCUCCUGCCAUUGGCUCCCCACACAUUGACUUCAGCCAUCCCGUUGCCAGCUUUGAUCCCAAUCCCCGUCCAGCUUCAUCCACCACCUCCAUCCAUCUCCCUGGGACACAACAUUCCAAUCGUGCUCCUCCAAACCCCAACAUUUUGCCUCCCGGAAUAUUUGCGGUGCCCACAAAGUCGUACAACACUACAACCCCAUGAAAGCUGUGUGCACAAUGUCGAGCCUCGCAAGCUGGGAAGAGAGAACUCCCUGGCUACUCCAGAUUUCCAACAUCCCAACACCCUCCACCAUGGCCGUCAUGCCUGUUGGGCAUGUGCAGCCGUUGCUCGUCCCGAAAGUCUGAUCUCCUUCCCUCACUUCUCUACGCCUGUCGUUAAUGCUGUGCCCGGUCUUCUGGAAACGUUGCUGCCGCGGAGUGGGAUAUCAAUAGCACCAUCGAGGAUGGAGCAUCACGAACUUGAGGCGGGGCGUCUCUAUCACGCUCGCUCCAACUCGGUGAAUAGCUCGCGGGCACCGCUCACGAAACAUGGCCUCCCACGAGAACCCGCUCAGAAAGGACAGACUUGCCAUAAUUGCGGGACAUGCAUUGCUUCGGCCAUGCCAGAUCCUUCGCAAGUUGCCAGGACUUCGACCCCACCCGUCCUGACGAGGCCUUCAGGAAAGAAGACAUCUUUCGGUACUGUCCAGACCGGUGAUGGAGACACACAGGCUCUUCGCCCCGUUCGUCUCUCGCCUCGCCCCCUCGAGUCAUCCCCAGAGUCCCCCAUCUCAUCAAGCUUCUCGGAUCAAUUGUCCUCCAGCUCUGGAAGAACCUCCAGUCCGUCCAGUCCCGACGAUGGACGAAGUAUGAGGUCCUAUCAGAGCUCCCUCCCCGUCCCAAGCUCCGGAACCGCCUCCCCUAAUGCCUCCACCAAACCCCCUCUUCCACUCUCCAGCUCGACCUUAGAGACCACUCAGCCUAGCAUCGCCGAGAAACUUUCCCGCCAUGACAGUGCCACAGGCCGUAUCUCCAGAACCGCCGCACUAUCAUCGCACCCCACGACAACCGCCGUCUCGCCUCCAACUAUCGCUGCCCGGCGUGCAUCUCGUAAAUAUCGAACCUCCAUCACCUCCACCCACUCGAUCACCGACACCAUCAUCUCCGAGAGCCCACAAGUAUCCACCUUCCAUGACCUUGUCGUCCUCCCCCUCCAUGAACGCCGGGGACGCGCCACCACGCAGCUCAACAUCGACUCUCAACCUCGCCCAACGGCCCGCAGCCUCUCUCCGCCUCGCCAACGCCGUGUCCAAGUCGAGCAUCAGGCGAGCACGCCACUACGGGAGGAGUUCUCACCGCGUUUCCGGCCGGAAACGGAGACCGAGGAUGGAUCCGCGGCGCCGAACGCGGGAAUGUUGUCGAGGCUUGGGAGCAAGCUCAAGCGGCAUAACUUUUUGAAUCGCAAGGGCACCGUGACUACAGAAGCCGAGAAGGAGAAGGAGGCGCCGGUGGCCGUCAAGAAGGGUUUAAGCAAGAGUGGGCAUCAGGUUGUGGAGCAGAAGGCCGAGGUGGUGCAUUGGACAGAAGCAUAG